CAGAGCGCUUCUCCUCUUCUCUGCCCUUCCUUGCCUUACAAGGCUGCGCGCCAAGCAUCCCCCCUCCCCUCUCGGAAUGGCAGGGGGCGGAGCUCCGUACUCCGGGAUUUGGGGAUCCUGCCUGGCCCCUCCCCCUUAAAGCGCGACUGGGGCAGUAGUAAAAGCGGCGGCGGCAGCGCCGGGGGCGGUAUCUGGUCCUGCGUGCCGGAGAGGUGGGGGGGGAACAGCCGCCUCUCCACCUCCUCUGCUGCCUCCACCUCCUCCUCCUCGCGCGGCCAGCAGCUGAAGAAAGGCCGCGCUUUGCAGCUUCCAUGCGUGCCCGGCCCGGAUCGGGGACGGCAGUGCUCUCCCAUCCAAACUGCAUGCAGGAAAAUCCCACUUGCACCCAGUAUCCUUUCCCCUCCCCGUCAUGGCUGAAGGAGCGGGUUGAUGUUAUCUGCUGAUCAUAUUUUUUCUUCUUUGUCCUCUCCUUUUCCUCCAACCCCUGCAACUGCUUCUCAUGAACAACAACUACUACAGCUGCCACUGGCGAAAAAGCACCGUUAAGAGUGAGAAAACUUUCCACCGUUACUCACGAUGAUAAAAGAACCCAAUGUGAUGGCUCUUAUGGAAUAUUUUGUCGGACUGCAAAGUUACCAGGAUUAAAGGUCUUCGGACUACUUGCAGAUCUCCUUCCCUAACCCUCAAGCCACACAGACAAAUCGCGUCCCCGUCCUCCUCCUUUUUGUCACAGUUAAUAGCUAUGACUGGGAAAAUGGCAUCUAGCCUUACUUGCACAGGAGUGAUAUGGGCAUUUUUUUCCUUCCUCUGUGCUGGGGUCUCCUGCGUGGGCUUCUUCAUGCCUUAUUGGCUGCUGGGGUCUCAGCUGGAGAAAUCAGUGUCCUUUGGCACUUUCCGGAGAUGCUCCUAUCCAGUACGAGAUGAGAGCCUGCAGAUCACGGUGAUGGUGGAGCAGUGUGGACGCUAUGCAUCCUUCCAGGCCAUCCCAAGUGUGGAAUGGAGGGUCUGCACUGUGGUGACAGGGUUGGGCUGUGGUCUUCUCCUUCUGGUGGCCCUUACCGCACUCAUGGGAUGUUGUGUGUCUGAACUUUUCUCCCGGACUGUGGGCAGGGUGGCUGGAGGCAUCCAGUUCUUGGGUGGGUUAUUAAUUGGUUCUGGUUGUGCUCUCUAUCCUCUGGGCUGGGACAGUGAAGAAGUCAGGCAGACCUGUGGUAACCUUUCCAACCAGUUUGAACUAGGCACCUGUGAAAUUGGCUGGGCUUACUAUUGUACUGGAGGAGGAGCAGCCGCUGCAAUGCUGAUCUGCACUUGGUUGGCCUGUUUCUCCGGCAAGAAACAGAAACAGUACCCUUAUUGAGGCCAGAAAGACCCAGAACAAAGAGAACCAAUUUGGGGGAGGGGCAGGGGGGAGAAAGGAAAAUAAAUGAGCAUGCAAACCUUCCUUGGAAAGAUGCAUUAGCUCUUCCCUGUAGUUAAAUCAAUAUCAUAGAAACGAGGAAUUUGUGGGAUGCUGUGAAUGGUGGGGUUCUCUGUAAUUUAGGGGCAUAAAUCAAGAAUCUCACAGGGCUUAUGGUUUUAUUCCUAGCCUAUUGUGGUGCAGUAGAAAUACAGGAAGCAUUCUUGGGGGGGGGGAGAACAUGAUGGGCUUUUAAAGCAGACCAUCAAUUGAAAGGAUUAAAAAUAUGUGGGAAGACAAGGAUGUAGCCUUAAAAAGAAGAAGAUUCUUUCACAUGACAGGAAACUGGACAUAAAGAGGGCAUUUCUUAACAGCUGGUUUUCCUGGCGUGAUUGGCCACGUCACCUGCCGGGUGCAUGGAGGGCUUCUGUUUUCAGGCCUUAAAAGUAUUCGCCUUUAGAGGCUCCCCCAGUCUGAUGUGUUGGUCCCAUUUGGAGUUCUCUUUGACAUGAGACUCCUGGAAGCACAUCAGCCUAACUUUGCACAGACACUUUCCCUUCAGAUAGACACAACCUAACCUUCCAGAUUACUUAAAAUGUAUCAGGCUCCAACUAAUUGGACCAGUUUGCCUGUCCACGUGCCAUGAAGCAGUCUGGAAUAGUCGCUCACUGUGGAAGGCGUUAAUUCUCAGGCAAGUGGCCAAGUCUUUUCACCCUUUAUCUAAAAAGCACAGAAUUCCAUAUCAGCCUUUUCUCUUUUCACAAAUGCACACAUCAACUCACUCCUUUGUUUUCACCUAACAGUCAGAUAUAGCCAAAGUACAUAUCAUACACUACAUUUGACAGACUAGCAUUUGUGUGUAAUGAGAGCCCAAUCCUCUUUUUUUAUGCAUGAAAAGCUAGUUUUCUGUGGGCGAUUUGGAGAAAUACGGGGGUUGGGAAAGAGUUCGGCAUAGGUCUAUCCCAUCUCUCCAGUUCCAAAAGCCCCCUCGGGAAACAGAUUUGCAUGCCAAAAGGGGUGUUAAACUAUCAUUACAGACAUUUAUCAUGUGUGCAUAUGGCCUAUACUUUCUUCACGCACUCAAUGUCACACAUAUGCAGAGGUUUCUCUUGAUUCACAGAUGGAAAUACAUGUCCAGAAACAAUUCCUGAUUCAGACCCCGUCUUUCUCCAUGUUUAGUCAUGUGCACUAAUGCAACAUAUUUUCCUAUCCUUUAAGCACAAUACACACACACCUGCAACUCCCAUUUGUAUGCACUUCCAGUUUUAGACAUGCUUUACACACACUCUCCGCCCUCCCCACCAAUACAAGCUCUUUGUUUUUGAUCUUUACAUUCACUCUAGAGAGAAGUAACAAAGAUCAAGGUAUAUCUCAUUUCCUUCCUUCACAAGGUGGCUUCUGAUGUUCACCUGAAGUAGCAACAGAAGAAAUGCAAUGGAGUUGCUUCCUCCAUGGCCACUCUUUUAGCUCUCAUGUAAAGGGGAGAGGUGUGCAUUGAUUGCUGCAAGAUGCAUGUUCCCCUUGGCAUGGACAGAGUGUGCGUAGUGUCAUCACGCAAUACUUAAGUCAUGGCAAGAGAGAGAAGUUAUUCCUGUUUACUUGGACUUUGUUUGCUUUGAGACCACUGCACUCAUGCUUACUCCAUUGGGCAAUAAAGCGCUCACACAAAAGUACCGUGGAGCAGAGCAGUUGCAAUGAAUACUCCAUGCACUUAUCAUCUUUAUUUUUUUGGCACUAGACGAUUUGAAUUUCAGUAUUAUACCACAUUUUAAACUAAAAACCCUAAUGGACUAACGGGCCAUUUUUUCAGUAUUUUAUAUAAUCUAUGUACCUGUGUUCUCAAGUUUUAUGAAUAGACUUUUCACACCUAUAUAAAUUUUAUUAACCUCAGUGUUUUUCAAGAUUCUUACAAAAAUGCAAUAUUUUACUCAGCAUACGUAGCCUUUUAGAUAGGAAUAUUCUAUGAAGGGCCGUAAGAGGACAGUUCUGUCCAAUGAAAAUUGUGUGUGUGGCACAGUAGAAUAUUACUACUUAUGCAAAAGCAAUGACAAGCAUCUUCCAACUUUUGUUACUAAUAGUUAGGUAAUUAUUGCUGUAUUGUACUGUAUUGUUUAAUAUUCAUCUUUGUAAUAUAAUAUGUAUGAUUUUGUUUGUAUUUUAGAAUCUGUAAAUAAAUGUCUUCCCU